CCAAGUCUUCCUCACUUUUAUCAUUUCCGCAGCCUCCCAUUAGCUCCAUCUCAGCACCCCACAAAAAAGAAAAAUGCAUUUCAAUAUCCUCUCAAUUACCAUCCCUCUCUGCUUGUUACUCAAUCAAAUUCUUUUUUCUGUUGCGACCACCAAAUCAUCUGUUCUUUAUCACCCAAUUGACAACAUCGCCGUCAACUGCGGCUCCUCCAGCAACUCUACUGCAGUAGAUGGCCGGCAAUGGACCGGAGAUAUCGGUUCGAGUUACGCCCCUUUAUUACAUAGUAACAAAGGAAAAUUGAUUAGCUCAAAAGCCACUAGCCCACCACUUUCUCCUGAUCCAGUGCCUUAUAUGUCAGCCCGGCUCUCCUGUUGGCCUUUCACAUAUGCAUUCCGAGUCUCCCCGGGCCAAAAGUUUAUCCGCCUACAUUUCUAUCCAGCUACAUACCGGGGUGGUUUUAAACGGUCUAAGGCCUUUUUUACUGUAAAAACUGGUCCAUAUACCCUUCUUAGCAACUUUAGUGCUUCCCUUAUAGCUGAUGCUUCAGGCUUGGACUCUCUUGUUAAAGAGUAUUGUGUGAAUGUGGAAGAAAAUCAGCCACUAAUCAUAACGUUCUCUCCUUACUCAUUAGGUGGUUCUUCUGAUGAGGCAUAUGCUUUUGUCAAUGGGAUUGAAAUCGUCUCGAUGCCGGCUGGACUUUAUCAUACACAAGAGGGUGAUGCAGGUGCACAUGUUGUCGGCCAGAAUUUUCGACUCCCAAUUGAUAAAAGCAUUGCACUCGAGAUGGUGCAUCGGUUCAAUGUUGGUGGAACAGCCAUCUCAUCCAUAGAAGAUACAGGUUUGUUUCGUGAUUGGUCUCAGGACUCAAAUUUUUUGAUGGAAACAUCAUAUGUCCAGCCAGUUACUACCACCCUUCGCAUCAAAUACACAAGUAUACCAUCAUACACUGCUCCUCAGAAAGUUUACCAAACAUCAUGGUCAAUGGCUACAGACAGGCAACAGAACGGUAACUUCAAUUUUACGUGGAAGUUGCCUAUUGAUUUUGGAUUCAGGUACCUUCUCAGGUUACAUUUUUGUGACUUUGAAUACGAAAUAGAAGAGCGUGACCGCACAAAAUUUAGUGUCUUCUUUGAUGAACACGUUGCUGAAGCUAAAGCUGAUAUUAUCAAAUGGAGUGGUGGAAACAGGGUUGCGGUGUAUAGGGACUACGUGGUGAGGAUUGAAGGAGAUAGGAUGGAGGGAAAACACGAUUUGCUCAUAGCAUACUUCCCUCAGAACCAUGAAUGGAUUGAAGACAUUGAUACAGUUCUAAAGGGGUUGGAGGUAUUCAAGCUUAGCAACCCCGACAAAAAUCUUGCUGGUGUGAACCCGGUGCCGCUAUCAUCUGCUUCGACAUCUAGUAACACAAAACCCCAGAAGUUUGUGUAUCUUUCCGGUGGUAAUGCCCUUGCAACAGUUUUGGUAAUAUUACUCACCUUUACGAAUAUUAGUGUUUACAUGUUACGUGUUUGGGUUGAGAAAUUUGGCGAAAAGAACAUCUCACCAUUGCCGCCUGAAGGGUUGUGUCGUCGCUUCUCACUUUCUGAGGUCCUCUUAGUGACCAACAACUUCAGUCAUGAAUUUUUCAUUGGAAGUGGUGGAUUUGGUAAUGUCUACAAGGCGCACAUCGAUGAUGGAACAACUACUGUUGCCAUAAAGAGGUUGAAUUCAAAGUCAAAGCAAGGGGCAGAUGAGUUUCGGACAGAGAUUGAGAUGCUUUCUAACCUUCGGCAUACGCAUCUCGUGAGUCUUAUAGGCUAUUGUGAUGAACGCCAGGAGAUGAUCCUUGUUUACGAGUACAUGGAGCAUGGUACACUUGCUGAUCAUCUUUAUAAGCAUUAUACUUUUGGUAAUGGCACUAUUUGUCAUUUGUCAUGGGAUCAAAGGAUGAAAGUUUGCAUCGGUGCUGCUCGUGGACUGGAUUACCUCCAUACAAGUACUCGAUGUGGUAUCAUACACCGCGAUAUUAAAACGACAAAUAUUCUUCUGGACAAGGAUUGGGUUGCCAAGAUUUCAGAUUUUGGGUUGUGCAAAGAAGGCACUACAAGCCAUUCACACACUCAUGUUAGCACUGAUGUUAAAGGAACGUUUGGCUACUUGGAUCCAGAAUAUUUCUUAACCCGUAGACUAACUAAGAAAUCAGAUGUCUAUGCAUUUGGUGUCGUGUUGUUAGAAGUGCUUUGUGGGAGGCAGUCCCUGGAUUUAAGUUUGGUGGAGGAGCAACGCAGUCUAGCUUGGUGGGCUCAACAAUGUAUCAAAGAGGAAAAGUAUGAUCAACUUAUCGACCCCAAGUUGAGGGACCAAAUCUCGCCACAGUGUUUGAAGGUGUUUACAGAAGUUGCUAAUAAAUGCUUGCAUAAGCAUUCAAGUGGACGGCCUACCAUGACUGAUGUCGUGGCGAGCCUCGAGUGCAUGUUGGCAUCACAGGAGCAACCCAAAAAUGCUUGCAUAGAGGAGGGGGAGGAGGAGAAAGGGGUGGAAGAGGAGGAGGAUGUCAAUGUUCAUGGGGAUCCCAACCAACUGAUUUAUUACAAUGAUAUGAACAAACAGCAAACUGAAAUUUUUCCACAAGGUAUUGUUGCCUCCUCAUCCACUCCGGUGCAGCUUAAUGAUAAUACCCAUCCACAUGGUAUUGUUGCCUCCUCAUCCACUCCGGUGCAGCUUAAUGGUGAUACCCAACGCCAGAAGAGGUCGAGGAAAAAUCUGUCUCAAAGGGUUAGUGUAUUUUUAGCUGGAGUUAUGGGUAUCCGGUCGAUGGGAAUAGAUGAUGUAGAGAUUCGAACUACAGCCACAAACGAUUCAACCAGCCAAGCAACCAACACUGCUCCUUGUUCAGAUGAAAGCAACAGCACUGGCAACUCGCAGAUCUCUUCAAGCAACAGCACUGGCAAUUGGCAGAUCUCUUCAAGCAACAGCACUGGCAACUGGCAGAUCUCUUCAGGGAGUGACACUGAUAUGCCAUAUCUAGAUGGGCGGAUCUUACCCACCCCAAAUUUUAGGAUAUUCAGUUUCUCAGAAUUGAGGAAUGCUACCAAAAACUUCAGAAUUGAUAAUUUGUUGGGAGAAGGACGUUUUGGCACAGUUUACAAGGGUUGGCUUGAUGCGAAAGUGACAUCAAAGAACGGCAGUGGAAUUGCUGUUGCAAUAAAACGGGUGGAUUACAGAUAUGAGGGGCCUCUGCUGGGCAGUGUCUUUGAAAUUUUGCUGUCUGAUGUCAGUUUCUUAGGAAGGCUUUCUCAUUCUAACCUUGUUAAGAUAUUGGGGUAUUGUUGGGAAGAUCCAAAGCUAUUCCUUGUCUAUGAAUUCAUGCAAAAAGGCAGCUUGGAUCAGCACCUUUUUGGAAGGGCCUCUGCUGUUCAGUCAUUGCCAUGGGAUAUUCGGCUGAAGAUACUAAUAGGAGCAGCCCGAGGCCUGGCAUUUUUGCAUGCAUUAGAUGAUCCAGUAAUUUGCAGAGAAUUCAGUGCAUCAAAUAUAUUGCUUGAUGGGUCGUUCAAUUCCAAGAUCUCAGACUUCAACUAUUUAGAGUUGGAUUCCCCAAAAAGUUGGCGCCCUUGUGGGUAUGUGCCACCAAGAUUAACAGGAUUCUACGGACCCUGCAUUGCCCCAGAGUAUGUUGCCACAGGCCAUGUGCAUUUGAAGGGCGAUGUGUAUAGUUUUGGUGUUGUAUUGCUUGAGAUGCUUACGGGGUUACGUGCAUAUGAUACGAAUCGUCCGCUUCUGCAACAUAAUCUGGUAGACUGGGUCAAGCCCUAUUUAGAUAAUAGAAGAACGUUAGCAAGCGUAAUCGACCCCAGGUUGAAAGGGAGAUAUCCUAUGGAAGCUGCCCUGCGAAUAGCUCAUCUUGCUCUACAUUGUCUCGAAGAUAAACCCAAAACAAGGCCAUCAAUGGAACAAGUUGUGGAGACACUUGAAAGUAUCAGCGCAAGCCAAGGAAAACGCUUUGAUAGACCGCCCCCAAGGAGAAAUCAGUUGGAAGCCUUCAGAUAUUUUCUUAUGUCAAACAGUCUCCCAUUCCUCUAUGCCUUGUGAUCUCUUGAAAAAUGUUGGUGAAACUUCAUUUACACUCCUAUGGUUUGCUAGCUUGAGGUGCGGAAUACACCCCUCAUCUCAUUUAUUAGUGCAUAACUGAACUCCCUGUACUUCAUGGACUAAUGUGCACUGUUAAGUUUUCCAUCAGUGAAUAUUUGUUAGGACAAUAAUGCCCUCCUAAAUUUUUAGACUCAUAGAUUGUCAUUUC